AUGUUCAAUCGCGGAAAUAUUCCGAACCCGUUCAGUUCCAGUGGACAACCCUCCACGCAGGGCUAUUCGAGUCCCAACCAAGGCCCCCCACGGUAUGACAGCGAUCGCUUCCCCCUUUCCAGCGCAGGCUAUGCGGCUCCUGUCCGCGGUGACGAUGUAUCGAUGACUGAUGAAUUUGAUGAUGAAAGUGGACACGGAGGCCCGCCGCCCCAGCAAAUGCCAUCUAGGAUGCCAGCCGGACACAAUGGCGCAGCCCGGACUUGGACUCUUCACCCGAGAAAGAGCCCCAACGAAUACUACACCUUUGGUAACCUCGUUGCUGUUUCAUCCCAGGAAUUCAAACCCACCCGAGAUGGCACCGACAUCUUUCUUCUUGUCAAUGACCUCUUCGUCUUUUCCGCUCGCCCUUUCGAAGGACCUUCUGGCCCUAAUGAAGGCUGUCCUCCUGGUUUCAUCGGCAUGUCUGAUGCUCAGCGAACAUGGGCCAAUAUCGGAAUUAGAGAUGACGUAAAGGUACAAAUCUAUGAUCCCUUCAGUCAGGGUGGGCAAGCCUACCUCGGAUCCGCAGAUAUCGAAGUUAGCUUUGCAUCUUCUUUGCCCAAGAAGCGGCCCGAAACCCCUUAUGAUCAGGAUGAAUUGGCACAGGCUGUCAUCAAAAACUUCGAGAACCAACUAUUCGCACCGGGACAGAGGAUUUUGAUGGAUAACAAGAGCAUUCCACUCUUGUUACAGGUGAAGACCGUUCAACGGGUUGACCUGACAUCAGAAAAAAGCUCUGGCGAUGUCGAGACGAAUCCCACAGCCAGGGGUAUCCUUACACGACACACUCAGUUCAACUUUUACAAGGAUUCCAAGACGGGCAUCAAUGUGAAGCCAUCUAACCGCCGCCCAGCGGCCAACUCUAUCAUUCAACCCGGCUUCAAGUUUGAGGAUAUGGGUAUCGGUGGUUUGGACGCUGAAUUUAGUACAAUUUUCCGCCGCGCUUUUGCGUCUCGAAUUUUCCCUCCCGGACUUGUUGAAAAACUUGGUAUUCAGCAUGUCAAAGGUCUUCUGCUUUAUGGACCACCGGGAACGGGUAAAACUUUGAUCGCUCGGCAAAUUGGAAAGAUGCUCAAUGCCAGAGAGCCUAAGAUUAUAAACGGCCCGGAAGUCCUAAACAAGUACGUCGGCCAAUCUGAAGAGAACAUCCGAAAGUUGUUUGCAGAUGCCGAGCAAGAGUAUAAACAAAAGGGCGACGAAAGUGGCCUCCACAUCAUCAUCUUCGAUGAGCUUGACGCAGUGUGCAAGCAGCGUGGCAGUGGAGCCGGCGGUGGUACCGGUGUUGGUGAUAGUGUGGUCAACCAGCUUCUCUCGAAGCUUGAUGGUGUCGAUCAAUUGAACAACAUUCUAUUGAUCGGUAUGACUAACCGAAUGGAUAUGAUUGAUGAGGCCUUGCUGCGUCCCGGUCGUUUGGAGGUGCACAUGGAAAUCUCGCUUCCAGACGAGCACGGUCGAAGCCAAAUUCUCAACAUUCACACGGAGAAGAUGCGAAACAACAACGUCAUGGAUACAGAUGUGGACUUGGCCGAACUUGCUCACUUGACCAAGAACUUUUCCGGUGCUGAAAUCGCGGGUCUGGUUAAAUCUGCCUCAUCUUUUGCAUUCUCGCGCCAUGUCAAAGUCGGUACUAUGGCUAGCAUCGAUGACGAUGUCGUCAACAUGAAGGUUAAACGGGCUGAUUUCCUUCAAUCUCUCGAUGAAGUCAAGCCUGCCUUUGGUGUCUCUGAAGAGGAGUUGUCCAGUCGCAUUGCUUAUGGAAUCAUGCACUACUCUCAAAACAUCAGCGAAAUUCUGCGGGAAGGUGAGCUGUUCGUCAAGCAAGUUGGCAAGGCUCAAUCAACACCGCUUUUCUCUGUCCUAUUCCAUGGCCCGCCUAGCAGCGGCAAGACCGCCUUGGCGGCACAGAUCGCCAUUGACUCUGGCUUCCCUUUCAUCAAGUUGAUCAGCCCAGAGGAUAUGGUUGGCUUCAAUGAGGCAGCAAAGAUCGCGCACAUCAGCCGAAUCUUUGAUAGUGCCUAUAAAAGUACCACGAGUAUCGUUGUUAUCGAUAAUAUCGAGCGAAUCAUCGAUUGGGUGCCCAUUGGGCCUCGCUUCAGCAACAGUGUGCUGCAGACUCUCAUGGUCUUCCUAAGGAAGCAACCUACACACGGACGUCGUUUGUUGGUCCUCGCCACGACCACUGAACGUGCUUUGAUGAAGCAAUUGGAUAUCUAUAACUCUUUCAAUUCCGAUAUCAUGGUCCCUAACGUCAGCUCUUUUGGUGAACUUCGCCAUGUCAUGGAGCAAUCGGGUGACUUUGACGCGCAGGAGAUUGCGCAAGCCCUGGGGUCGGUCGGUGGCCUCGCAGAUGACGGCCGCUUAAGCGUUGGUAUCAAGAAGAUUCUUUUGGGUAUUGAGACCGCCAAACAGGAUUCUGACAAGGUCGGCCGUUUUGUUCGCGUUAUCAACCGUGCUAUUGAGGAAGAGCAGAGCUUUCAGUAA